ACAGAAAAAGAAAAAAAAAAAGCUUUUAAUUACUUGCAAAGUUUAUAAUUGGUUAUUCUUUCCUUUCUUCUGUUUAGUUUAUACCCCAAAACAAUUGGUAGAGAAAUACAGCAACAUCACGUUUCUUCUUUACUGUUUGAUUUUGAUAUUAAUUGUUACAUUACAUCACUCCCUUUAUAGAUCUUAGACCCUAUUGGCACAUGCUGCUACCUUUUUCCUAUGCUGUUGUUUCAGGUGCUAUGGGAUCAUGCUCGGUAUUAUUUGCAAAAUCUCUGUAAGUUAGCAAUGUUAAAUAUUUUCAUUGCCCUUUCUCAAGUAACUCGGACAAUUAGUCUGUAGUCUGAUGUCAAGUCUCUUGCUUUUCUAGCUCUAACCUUCUAAGGUUGGCACUGUCUAAUGGUUAUCAGUUGCACAGCUAGUUCACAUACUCCAUGCUGCUUUUGUUUCCCAGUACUGCUGGAUUUUGGGUAAAAAUUAUGCCAAACUUAUUUUAUUUUUUUGUAAUGAAGAUGGCUUUAAAGUUUUUAUUAAAUUUUAAUUAUUUUUGAGCUAUCCCACUCCAGAUGGCGAGGUUGAAUGAAGGCCUGUCACUUUUUGAUGCAAUCCUUAUUAUUCCCAUGUUUCAAAUUGCUUUUGUGACUUAUUAUUAUGAAAUAUGCUGGAAGUGUAAUGGAAAUAGGGUUUUUGUUUCAGUUAUAUUCUCCUGUCCAAGCUUCUCCUUUGACGUGUCUGAAGGAUCAUCCAAGAAAGGGUGAAAAACUCACCUUGUCACCAAGUGGUACAUUGGCUGCGAUAACUGAUUCACUUGGUCGUAUAUUGCUCUUAGACACUCAAGCACUUGUAGUGGUGCGACUGUGGAAGGGGUAUCGUGAUGCAAGCUGCUUGUUCAUGGAGUUGCUAGUCAACAGAGAUCAACCAGGGUCAAGUUCCUUUUACUAUGAACCCACAAAGAGUGACUAUUGCCUUUGUCUGGCAAUUCAUGCACCUCGUAAGGGAAUUGUUGAGGUUUGGCAGAUGAGAACUGGACCACGUCUUUUAACCAUUCAGUGUGCUAAAGGUAGCAGAUUGCUACAACCUAGCUACAGGUUUGGAUCAUCAUUAGGCUCUCCUUAUGUUCCCUUGGAAGCUUUUUUGUUAAAUGGAGACUCUGGUCAGUUGUCAGUGUUGAAUCGAUUUCUUAAUUGAAUUAAUGAAGUUUGUUCCUUCUUUGUUCAAUACCAAUUUACUUUUAUCUCUAUCAUUGUCUGUUCCCUUGCUUUUUAACAGCUUAGAUUGAGAAAAGAUGAUUUUAAGCUGUGCAUUAUUUCAUAAAAGUCGACACAUUUU